AGCCGUCUUAAGAAAAUGAAGUUUCUAGUGAUAUUGUCCGCCCUAGUUGCACUGUGUGCUGGUCACGCCAUCCCCACCACACUAGGGGACAACAGUCACUAUGUAGAGGGGGAGAGCCGCUACGUGUGGAUACCCGACGGUGAGGGAGUACUCCGCCUUGUUGAUCUUGAAGAACCAGUAGAUGAAAGUUCUUUGGACGCAGGGAAUGGGGCUAACAAUGAGUACUGGCUUUUUACCAGACUUAAUCCAAACAAUCACCAACUUCUGAGAAUAAACGACGAUGACUCCAUAAGGAACUCUAACUACAACAAGGACCGCCCUCUUAUAGUUAUUGUUCACGGAUGGACCAGUAGUGGAAACUCCCCUCUCAAUCCUCUUAUCCGAGAUGCCUUGCUGCACGAUGGUGAUAAUAACGUUAUCUCAUUGGAUUGGAGUAUAGUAGCCAGUAGCCCAUACACCACUGCUGUGAGAAAUGUGCCCAGCGUGGGCCAACAUCUUGGCAACUUCGUGCAAUGGUUAAUCAACAAUCACGGUGGCAAUUGGAAUAACGUACACUUAAUUGGCGCUAGUUUGGGUGCUCACAUUAUUGGCAAUGCAGGACGUACCGUUCGUGGCCGUAUUGCGCGCAUUUCGGGUCUGGAUCCAGCUGGUCCUCAAUGGAGCGAUAACCCUAAUGGCUUGAAUCGCAAUGAUGGUGUAUAUGUCGAGUGCAUCCACACCGAUGGUGGUCUCUUGGGCAUCUUGGACCCGAUCUGUGGCGCUAAUUUCUAUCCCAAUGGGGGAACUAACCGUCAACCUGGCUGCUCUCUCAGUCUCUGCUCCCAUGACCGUGCAUAUGAACUGUUUGCAGCUAGCGUAAGAUACAAUAGUUUCAUUGGAAGACGAUGCACCGAUCUGAACGAGGCACGCAACAAUAGCUGCACCGGCAGUAAUUUACAUAUGGGCAACACUGACUUUAGCAAGCGAGGAACUGGACUAUACGGCCUUUCAACUGGUUCCGAAUGGCCCUUCUAA